AUGGCUUCGGCAGACUGGCAGAGCAAAAUACUAAAGACAGAAUACCAAAACUGGUUGGCGGUUGGUCACGCCCUUUCACUGAUGUUGGAUGGUUUGAGACCUUACAUCGAGCGAGAAAUGAAGGCUUUUCAUCAGGUUUUACUGGCGAAUCUCGCUACAGUGCCCCGGUGUACGUGUUCUACACCGACCAAGCACUCUUGCGCAUGGUCUGCACAAUUGGUGAGGUGCCACAGAGGAGGCAAACCAAGUUCACCAAAAUGGUAUCAAAGUGAUUCUUCAGCAUGGACAGACCCUCAUCGUGGAGAAUGGGAAGUGGCCAAGCUUUUCAUGUCUGAUUUAGGCACCAGUAAGACUACUGUGGUGGACGCAAAUACCACUGACUGUACGGGCCUUAUUAACCUCAUGUUUUGGUGUGUUCAUUUUCCCAUCCAACGACACGUUAUUGAAGCUGUCCGGGAGACGCGAAACACCAAAUGGGGCCACGCUCCAAGGCAAGAGCUCACCGACAGUGAAAGAGCAGAUGCUUUAACUGCGAUCCGAGAUCUCCUUCAAGAUCCGGAGCUAAUUGCCGACGGUGAUGCGAAAACCGCCCUAAAUGAAAUAACAUUAAUGGAGGCGAACUUUGAUGCGCAAAGUGUAGAAAGAAAAGUCCUUGCUGACUUUCAAGUUGCGGUUCUUGGUCAAUUGGGAGAUAUUGAAGGUGAAUUGAGAAAUGUUAACAGAUGCUGCAAAGAGCAACAAAAUAACAGCAACAAAAUACAAAAAAAACUUCGCGGCCUAGAAAAUCGACAAAAGAAAGCGAUUGAGCUCUUACAAAGUAAUAAUGACAGGAUAGAAGACGAGGAGAGAAGAAAUAUUUCGUUUACCAGCAAAACGUGGAAAGCUAUAACAUGGACUCUCAAUAAAACUAAAAGAGGUUUUGUUGUUAACCUCUGCAGUUUGAGCACGAGGUCUCUGUUAUUUUGGACAUUUCUUAUUAUUCUGCUCGGCUGUUUUAAAUGUCUGGACCACAACUCUUAUAAUGAUGGUAAGUUUCGCCUUUAAUUACAACGUAACUGUCCCUUUUAUUGAUAGUGAUGCAACGUUGUGUCUAAUUACUUCAAUUUUUAUUAAAGGUGGGGCGGGGGAGGGGGGGGGGCGAAGAUCCGUAUACCCGUGCCAAUGUUUAGUAAUGGGAAUCAGUAUAUUUACUGAUUUGAAAAAACAGAAGAAACAAUGUAGAACUUUCAUCUGCAGAGAGUUUAUGACCAAAUGACUUUCACGUUUUGAUAAAAAAAAGCUUAGUAUUAUUUAAAUGAAAUUAGCGGGUAGGUGAACUUAAAUGGUUUCAUUUGGCUACGGGACACCCGCCAAUUACAAAACAGAACACAACGGCGAUAAAAACACUCGUAAAGCCUAAGAUUUUAUAAUGAACCUCCCUCUAAAAGAGGUUUUGAAAAGUUAGGGUGGUUAAGUUCAGUAAUGGAAAAUUUCACUGCAACCCGUUCAAAUUAUUCAAUUCACACUCAAAUUAAUCUUCGCACAUCCUUGAACUCUUUCGCCAUUUUCUUGUCGUGAGUUCCGCGCUCAUACCAAAUAAAAGAACUGAGCCGCCGUGCCUUCGUCUUAGGUGACGGCAAUGAUUGUUUAUUUGCAAUAUACUGACACUAUGAUUUACCAUUAAAAAAAAAAUAUGUGAAGAUGUACCGGUAACGUUUUGCACAUGCUAUGUACUGUUUACUUGCAUGCAGUACCAUAUUUUUCACCAAAAGUCGCUAAAUAGUAAAAGACAUUUCCCAUCACUUACGAAUGCCUCAUUUUACUAGGUUGCCCAUUGGAAGUUGGAGAUGUCCCAUUUGACACAAAAGAGUUCAAUUUUACAAGGUAUCUGAAUAAAUCUCGGGAGCACUUCACAGGGCGGCGUUGGCUUUAUAGUGAACUAGAGUCUAUUUUGUCGGACUCACAAGGCACCAUCGUGCGUGGGGUUGUGGUGAUCGGUAAGCCAGGGGUUGGAAAAUCUGCCUUAAGCGCACAAUUGAUUUGUUCACGAGCAUCCAGCCCUUACAUUCACAAGAGAAUUAUUGGUUAUCACCUUUGCAAGUACUCAGACAAAGCCACUCAAGAUCCCGGUCUCUUUGUUCGCAACUUAGUCGACUUGAUAGCCAGAAGGAUUCCUGAGUACGGAAUGCUGAUUUAUAACAGUUCGUUCAUUCCGAGAGUUCUUCAAACAAGUUGCUUGCGAGAUCCCUAUGACUGUUUUGAACAAGCUAUUGUCAUUCCAUUGAGACAGGUACAGAACGAACGUCAAUAUCACUUUAUAAUUAUAGAUGCCUUAGACGAAUGCGCCUCUGAUAGCACUUGGACUGCUUCGUUAGUACAAUUUGUGAAGGACACUUACAAUAGACUUCCGAAAUGGGUACGUCUUGUGAUGACGUCACGUAAUGACUCCGCUGUAUUGGGUCAUUUCGACAGUUUUCCCAAGGUGCACCUGUCUUCUUCAGAUGCGAGAAACUUGCAAGACAUCGAAAUUUUUAUAGCUUCAAAGUUAUUUGAAGAUACACCAUUCCUUGAACGAGCAAAAGUUAUUUUAGGCCUCGGUAGCAGUGACGAAGUCACUUAUCUGACAAACAAGCUAUUGACUCAAAGUGAAGGAAACUUUUUAUUUGCAAAAUUAAUGCUUCAGUACGGAAAAGAUGACUGGCACAAUCAGGCUGAUCUGAACAAGCUCCCGAAAACAGUGGGUGAACAAUACAAGAGAUACUUGAGAAGAGCUUAUGGAUCGAGGGAGAAGUUUAAACCUGCACUUGCAAUAUUGGAAAUCCUAGUUGCUACCUUUGAACCCCUGAAGGCAAAUCAUAUGUUUGACGUUUUACGCAUCCAAGAAAAGAUGGACUUCGAGUACGACUUUGUUUAUGCUCUCAAAGGACUUUCGCAUUUUGUUACUUAUGGGGAGGACAAUACCAUUAUUUUUUUUCACCAGACUUUUAGAGAAUGGUUGACGAGUAAGGACAACCUUGGGAGUCCGUAUUAUGUAAGCAGGAGUCGAGGGCACAGACGUUUGGUGGAAUAUUAUAUCAAUGGCCUGAGAAACAAUUCAAAUUCCUCAAUGGACAUUUAUCGCUUAGCACAGCACAUAAGCUUUGGUGAAGAGGCUGACAACUAUCUCGAUGAAUUCAGGAAUAUCAACGCUAGCUACAUUAAUGCAACCAUUGACAAUGACAAACGCACUCUUCUCCAUCUUUCUGCCUCUAAAAAUAACAGAAAGGCUCUUCGGAUACUUAGUGAAGCAUUCGAGGAAAUCGACUGUGAGGACAGCUAUGGAUUUACCCCAGCAUUUGUUGCAGCAAUGAACGGUCGGGCAGAAAACGUCGACUUUCUCUUAAGUAAGGGGGCCAAUAUAGAGCAUCGAACAAAGGCACCUCCACCACCAAGCUACGUCUGGGGUGAUCCAAUUGAAAGAUCUAAGACAUCUUUCUGGAAUUCUACAAUGAUGCAUGCUGCGGCCUCGGGUGGUCAUACUGAUGUUGUACGCUUGUUGCUGAGAAGUAAUGCUUCAUUUAUGGACGUAAAUGGUGUUAACUUGACAACGAUUCAACUGGCGGCACAGAAUGGACACUUGGAAGUUGUUCAGGUGUUGCACAAACACGGAGCACAGUUAGAUCACUUAUCUCUUCAGUAUGCCGCCUUUGAAGGCCACGCAAAUGUAGUCGCGUAUUUAUUAAAGUUUGGCGUAGAAGAUACCUGCAAGCGAUGUGAUGGUUCCUUUUACUGGCUCCAAAACCGAACGCGAUAUCAGGCGGUAAGGCUUGAUUAUUCACGCGAUGCCGUUUUGUCGGACGACAAGUUUAAGAUUUUCUGUCAGAGUGCGUUGCACCUAGCAGUUGCUAAAAAUCAUACCAAAGUUGCACAGCUGAUCCUCUUGCAGGAGUAUAGGACAGUGCAUUGCACCGACUUUACAGGUAGAACUCCUCUCCAUGAAGCUGUUAGGCAAAACCAUGUUGAGAUGGCAGAGUUGCUUAUGAAGGGUGGAGCAAAAAUUUCUCACAAAUGCAGUCGAUUCCAGAAUCUAUCUUUCGUCGAUGACGAAUGUCAAUUGAGUUUCGAAGAAAGAAAAGACUACAGUAAGGAUAUAUGCCAUUGUGGUUCGACUCCCUUUCAUCUGGCUGCAAGGUAUGGCCACCUUGAAGUAGGAAACUUGCUAUUACGCCACGGGGCGAAGUCCGACAGCAUGGACUGCCAAGGGGCUACACCUUUACAUGUAGCUGGAUGUCAUGGACAUUACUCAUUUAUUAGAUGGCUUAUUUCUCAAAGGCCAUCUCUUCAUAUUAACACAAGAGGUAAAAACCAGUCUACAUUACUACACAGUGCUACUAUUUGUAAGAACAAUCAGAGAGUCCAACCCUUGAUUGAGAUGGGAGCUAGCAUUUACGACACUGAUCAGCACGGAAUGACUCCACUUCACUACACUGUGCUAAAUACUUUUGAAAAUGCUGACAGUGUAUUUUUUCAGGCCUCUGAAUGGUUAGACGAGCCUAUUAUCGUUUGGGGGUUAAGGGGUGAUUUUACUUUUGCGCAAGAUUCAAAACCAAUCAGAAGGCAAGUGCCUUUAAAUUUUCAAUGCUUAAAACUGUUAGAGCUAACCGAAUCGACAGAUGCUUCCUUCAUUAACCAAGUUGAUGAAAAUGGUACAACAGCUCUACACCUUGCAGCCAAAAAUGGCGAAGAGUGUUGUGUCGUGGAGCUUUUAAAGAAGGGAGUGCGUAGAGACUUAACAGACAAUAAAGAUAGAACUGCAUUAGAUGUAGCCAUCGAAUUCACACCAGACGAGUUAUUUACUGAAGGCUGUGGAGAGUGUUUAGCCGGAAUUGAAGAAGAUUUCGAUUUUUCUCGGGCAUUGAAUCUGAGGUAUCAUAACUCUGUGGUUAACAUUCUGCUGUCAACGGAGGCCUGUUUUCCACAAAAAUGCGAGGGAACACAGACCUAUCCCUUACACCGUGCAUUUGAGGAAGGGAAACCAUUCAUUGCUGAUAUUAUUCUUUCAAAGGGUGGUCUUCUUAGCUGUAAAGAUAAACAAGGACGGACCCCUCUUUUAAUCUACUUACAGAAUGGAGGCAAGUGGCUUGACGUUGUCUUGAAACGCUUCAAUGUAACUAUAACAAUCGAAUGUAACAAACACUUUAACGUUUCUGAGUUCCAUUUAGUAGCAUUCAGGAAAGCGACAGCGUCAUCAGAAAACCUUCUGGAGCAACACAAGUGUGACUCACAUGAGUGUUACAUAGAAGAUGGCCCCCUCGCAAAAGCUAUUAAGAACCAUCCCUUAGGGUUUCGUGUGAUCGACGAAUGUCGUGACGCGGAGGGAUACACAGCUUUGCAUCGAGCCGCUCAAGGAGGAAACUUGCUAGUGCUUAAAAGGUUUGUUUCGUGGGGAGCCAAUCCGACUCUUCUGACCCCUCAAGGGUACAGUGCUUUACAGCUGGCCAUAGUCUCCAGUAUUAGUCCUUUCAGUUUAUUUAAUGCGAGAAGAAUUGCAGAGAAAGCUGCGGAAAUCUUGCUUGAAGCUCAAUUAAGACGUUUUUCCACUAUUGAUGUUGGAUGCAACAGUGCUUCGAUGAACCUGACAAUAUAUCACUUAUCUGCCUAUGGAGGACUAGUUGGGUUUGUCAAGACACUGUUAAAUAAUAAACACUUUCGUGGUGUUGAUGUGAACUGCUCAAAUGUGCACGGGAUAACGCCUUUAUACCUUGCUAAAUUGUACGUUGGAACAAAAUAUGUAAGCCAAUUUAAAAGGGACCCAUGGCAGGAACUUGCCAAUUUGAUUCAGGAGCAUGGAGGCAGGCUUACCUAUCCAAAUCGAGAGGUAGAACUAAAUGUACUUUACAAACAUUUAUAUGGUGGCCAUCUUAAUCGCUUCUCUUUGGAUCAGUCGGAAUUACCCAAUGAACGUUUCUACAAGAGUGUUGUUACCCAGUGUAGGCGACAAGACAUGGAUUAUUACAGAACCGGAACUGUGACAAACCCUUAUGAAGUACCUCUUCAUGAUAAAAUAAGGUGGUUAACAUCUGUACCUGCCCCACAAAAUAAUUUCUUAGUGGUACCUCGAGAUUUCUCCCAACUGCAGACUGCCUCUGAUACUCUUCAUGCCGUCAGGAAAUUUCUUUUGGAUAUGUCCAGUUUAUAUGAUGAUGUUUUGGCAGGGCUAGAAAGAGCGAGAAGAGAGAGUAAACGAAGACGUAAAGAGGCUAAAUUGUCGAUACCUCUUGCCAUCACAUCUGCAAAAAUAGACUUGCCUUUGAAGAGGACAGUAUUUCAUUCAGAACAAAUUAUACGAGAGACCCGUUUUCUGCACGAAUCAGCAAAUGCAAUUAUGUCUCACAGAAACAAAUACCUCAAACAGAUCUUACGUAAACAUAGCAACGUUCUUGAAGACACCGCUGCUGUUGAUCUUCUUGAAAAGUACGAGGAAAGUAACUUGUGCAUGGAUGAGAUAUUUCAAGCCGAAUUUAUGAUUCAUAAGUUUCGCAAUUAUAUUCUUAAAUCUCAAGUAGACGACGUUUUAAAUUUAAUGCGAAACUCACUCCACAAAGCUGAAUUCAUAUCUCAAAGAAUUCCAGCGGAAUGGAAAAUGACAGAUGAAGAAAAAGGAAGAAUACCAAUGUGGAACGACGCUGUUAAGUUUCUUUACCAGCAGGCAACUCAGAGGGAUUUGACAUUUGAUUACCUUGCGGUCCUCAGUUUAGGAUUGGACAAGGACACUCGCAUUCCACUGAAUGCGGACGCGUUGAUUACCUGA